AAUAUGGAGCACACACUUUUCUGAAGCGCAGUUUUCCUGAAGCGAAGAAAAGAUUGCAAGAUUAAAACARAACGAUUUGAAUUAUGAAACAAUCACUCURUUCGUCGAUGCUCCAUCUAGUAKCAGUGUCUAUGCUACUAGAAAAGGCUCGAGCUGUCUCGUUCGAGGACACUUAUAAACAAACUUGCGAGCUUCCCUCCUACGACUGGGCUGCGUUUGGAACGCGUCUCACCGGUAGAAUGUACACCCGGCGUGCUGCGUUUCUCGAUAAUUCGCUGUAUGCCGCAGGGUAUCUCAAGUCGACGGGGGCACCGGACAAAGAGGAUUUUGUGGARACCGACCAAGACUUCUGCCUCACGGGGCCGUACAACAACAAGGAUCCCACUGGAUUCUACUUCUCUAGAAUCCUCUGUGUCGAUCUGGUGUCCUACACUACCGAGUUUGGAAGCUUUGCCCAAUACGAGGUCGGAGUGACGAAGAUCGACGCCACGACGGGCGAACCACAAGAUAUUUUCGUCUAUUACGGCGAAGGACAGGACGAAACAAGCGGUCUUGCRGCGAGAGAGCUCGACAACGGAGACAAGUUGCUGGCGGUUUCAGGUCAUUUCGUGGGCAGCCUCACUGCCGAUCAYGGAGAUGGCUCCACCAAAACCACCUUGUACAACUCUAAUGCUGAGGGCACUGCCACCGAUUACAUUGCGCACCCAAACGCCAUCACGAAUGGCUACGACGAUGGCUUUGUCAUCUCGGCAGAUGCCGAAACCGGUGAUGCCAAGUGGAUGGUUGCCUACCCCUUAUCCAACAAGGAUGCACAAACCGUUGGGGUGGAUAUCGAUGGCGACGGGAACGUAUACGGGGCGGGUUACUCUUGUAACCUCCUGGUUGGAGAUAAUAAUGAAGUGCAAGUGAACGCAGAUGAAAAACCCAUCGCAUCCUGCGACGGUUUUGUAGCGAAAUUUGCUGCUGAGGAUGGCUCAAUUCUUUGGGAACAGAAAUAUCYUGAUCUAGGAGCUGCAAUGUGGAUUGCCUACGACGAGGAAGAUGAUUCGCUCUAUGUGACCGGGACUACUAGCUACAUUGGAGAAGCAACAGAAAUCCCCUCUGAYACAAAGGAUCACAAAUACUGCAACCACGACGUUUGUGCCAUUACCAUGCGUCUUUCUGCCGUCGACGGAACCACMGAGUGGAUCAGGACUACCGAGGGAUCACCACGCUGGAACUUYUUUGAUCAGACUGGAGAUAUUGRGCUGGCAAACGAUCUCGAUGGACCUUAUGUAUACGUCGCCUUGGACGACGUUGGGGAAGAGGGCAUCGCCACCCUAGACGAGGGAACUCCCUAUGCKGCCUGUCGCAAUGACAACGACGGUACGCUCACGCCCGAGUACGAGAUUAACCCCAACGGAAACGUGACCGGAGCCGACUGUCCCGAGGGWUCCACUUUUGUGCCGCGGUCUGACGAAGAGAACGCAUUUCCGGCCGCCGACGCUUYWACGGGUGCAAACUGUGGAGCGGGGCACGAAGGCGUCGAUGCGUGCGUCAUCAAAUACCACAAAUACACUGGCUUGCCRAUCUGGGGGGCCGAUGUCCACCCCGUAGCCGGCAUUGUGUCUGCGCCGGACGGGAAAUCGAUCAUGGUGUCCGGGUUCUAUUGGAACAGCGAGAGCUAUGGCCACGGCAACAACUUUGAUACUGUUGAACUACCAGAUUACAACGGAAUCGAGGGCUCCUACAACGCCAAAUUGAACUCAGAGACUGGUCAGGGCGAAUAUGUCAUGCACAGUGGAGGGGUCGGGAAGACUAGGGUCUAUGACAUCGUCGGCGAUCCCGAUGGCGAUGUUUACAUGGUCGGUUACACACAGAGCGCUGUCAUCAACUGGGGUGGAUCGCUUCAAACCAAGAUCGUCGAGGAGGGAAUCGACCAAAACGACGAUGUUGGUACCGCCUUCCAGAUGGGAAAAGUAUCGAGCAAUACCAAUGAGUACCAGUUCUUUGCUGUCAAACUCACGGCAAGUGAGACAUCGGCUCCGUCUUGUGUCGAGAGCUGUGAUCUCGAAGGGGGGAACGUUGCUAACCCCGUAAUUAAGGAUGGGCAUUGUCUCAUUGAUAACGUUUGUUACGAAGAGGGCGAAACGUCGGAACUUUUUGGACGCUCGUGUCUGGUCUGUAAGCCCAGCGAGAGCAAGACAGAAUGGAGUUUUGGAAGUACGUACGAAAAAUUGCAUCCCGUUUGAAAGUGUGACCCUUGACCAAAUUAUUUGUUCUAACUAUAUCAUGAUAACGCAUCWUACCGAAAACACGCUCGAUCGUGAAUUGCGAUACAGACAUGGUGGGGGAUUWUGUGUGCCUCAUCGACAAUAUUUGCAUCGACAAGGGGGAUUUUUAUUCGUACCGCAAAAGCCGCAGAGAAACCUUUGUAUCGCAGUGCCAGAUCUGCGAUCCGCAAUCCAACUCCACCGGCUGGUCGGUCCUCCCGGAUUUUGUUCUGGUUCCGGGCGUCGAGCCACCGGACGAUUGUCUCAAUGCGACGGAUGCCCCUGCUACCCCCCUAGCCCCUACUUCUCCACCUGUCGUGGCGAAAACAGAAUUCCCUACUUCCACACCCAUUCGAAUUACCAAGAAUACCGACGGUGAUGAUAUCGACAUGAAACCCUUUGGGGUCAUCGAUGGUGAUAUGUCUUCCGGUGUUGGCAGCGUCGUCAAGCUCGCGUUUGGAAAUAUUGUAGCAACCAUUGCAGUCGGUGGAUUUGUCGCAAGUACCAUGCUUCUUUGAUUGCCAGUUCAGUUACAACGCGUUUCCAAAUUUGUGGUGAUCUUCUCUGUACGAGUGGCAGCAUGAAACGCAUCAAAAAAUCGCAUGCUCAUUU